AUGCCGACAACCUACGUUGCUCCGGGUUGCGACCCAUUGUUGCAAGAUAUUGCAAAUACCUUGUGGAAGUCGCGGAAGGUCGUCGUCAUUACUGGUGCCGGCAUCAGCACCAACUCGGGCAUCCCGGACUUCCGCUCCGAAAAUGGUCUGUACUCCCUGAUUCAGGCCCAAUUUGACGCCGCUCAGCAGCAAGCUACGGAAAACAACGGCGACGCUGGUGGACAGGACGCAGAGCAGAGACCAGCGAAGCGACAGCGGAAGACGUUAGACGACCCCGAGCUUGGGCGCCGCCGGGCGUCCCGAGAUCAUGGACUACCAUUCCCAGGGCUGCGCGGUGCCACAGAAAAGUCGAAUGACACCAGAACGGAUCAGAACACCGAAAACACCGAUUCUCCCGACUCGAAGGCGAACCGUCUGGCGGACGCUCAACAUCCCAACCCGGAGAAUGCACCCUGCCCAUCGUCCCCUCCCAGCUUUGUCCUUGGCACCCCGCACCCGCGAAGAGCCCAUCUCCUCGAAACGCUCCCCGGAAGCUCCUCGCCUCUCUCGUCUCCACCCCCUAUCAUGUACGAUCCUUAUCAGGAGACGACAAGCUGCUCGUCCGACAGAGGCACCGAGUCGUCCCGGUCUCAGAGCGAGGAACCGUCUUCAGCAACUACCCCUCUCCUCUCGUCGCAAACGUCCAUCACCUCUCGAACGUCGCUUCCUUCGAUGAAAGGGCGCGACCUUUUCGAUGCCCAAAUCUGGUCGUGCCCCAUCAAAACAUCGGUCUUUUACACCUUUGUGUCCACGCUUCGCGAGAAAGUGCGAAAUGCCGAACCCACGAUUAGUCACCGGUUUGUCAGCGUCCUCCGAGACAGCAGAAAGCUGGUCAGAUGCUACACCCAAAACAUCGAUCAGCUGGAGGAACGUGUCGGCCUUAGUACCUCGUUAUCUCUGGGCGCCGGGAGCCGAUACCGCUUCUCCACCAGAGCCGGGCGGAACAGCGGCGCGGCAAAAGGACAAGCGAGGGGCGCCGAUGGGGCACCCGAGGCAAAUCAGGCGGCAUCCCAGAAGGACGAGGAUCAGGAGCGAUCACGGACGACGCAGCCGGACUCAACCAAUGUGCAGGACGAGGGCUCUCCGCCGGCUUCACAGCAAACAGUUCCAGCGGCGCCCAACCGCGGAGUUGAGUGUGUGUUCCUGCACGGGUCCCUGGCUGAACUUCGCUGCUUCGUGUGCGCCCGCACCGCUUCAUGGGAAGAAGACGACCGACUAGAGGACACCCUCGCCGGUCGGCAACCAACCUGUCCACAUUGCGCCGGGGCGACUGCUGCCCGGGAAGAAAAGGGCAAGCGAGCCCUCGGAGUCGGCAAGCUCCGGCCAGACAUCGUCCUCUACGGAGAAGAGCACCCACAUGCCCACCUCAUCAGCCCCCUGGUGCAGCACGACCUCUCGCUAGGCCCCGACAUGCUCCUGAUACUGGGGACUAGCAUGCGUGUCCACGGACUCAAAGCGCAAGCAGCAAUCCCAGCAUCGUCGCCCGUAUCGAAGGCCCUGCCCUCGGAUACUCUGAGCGGCAACAAUGGUAACAGCUCCAUCUCGGCGGCAGUCAAAAGUCGCAGACGGAAGCAGGCCGUUGCAUGGCGCAUAAUAGGCGGUGUCGAGACUCGUGUCACACUCAACAACACAGCAGAACCCCAAAUGCCAGUGGCAUCAUCUUUGCCUCGCUCCCAAGCCGUCCUUCGGCCCUCACCGGUGCCUCACCACCGCCGGCUACCGCCGCCGACACCAACGACACCUAAGCCAACGCCCCCAUACCAGCCUAACAAUACCCAGAGCCAUAUUCCUCGUCCGCAACCCAUCACCGCGGCCCCCCCGGCAUCGGCAAUUGAUAUGGCUAUCAAUGCUGGCUUCCGUGAGACGGACCGCCUCAUCGCACAAGUUCACCACGAGACUCUACUCUCCCGCCCCGCGACGCCGUCGCAACUGCGUCUUCCGCCGUUAUUAGCAGCAAAUCUCCCCGACCAGAGGCAUCGGCCGGGGCAAUCAAACGACAACAAUUACAACAGCCAACAACAGCAUAUUUGGGAGCAGCAACAACAGCACAACUAUCCCACAACGAAACUUGUUCCCCUCGAACCGAAAGUGGAUUCGCCCGGUCCGCGCCAGGCGAUCUCCUCCAACGUGGGGAGUCCGGUCGCAUGCGCAUCCGCGGGGAGGAACCCGUUCUUCCUUUCCGACCCGUUGGCCGGAUGGUUGGGAUACCCGCCCGUCUGGCUGCACCAUCACCCACCACAUCAUCUUCAUCCUCAUCAUCCUCACCAGAAGUUUCGAACAGACAUGCCGCCGCAGCAACAACGGAGGGAUUACGGCGGGAACAACUAUGACGGGAGCGACGGCCGCAGCGGCGCGACUGACGAUCGGAAAUGCAGCAGGGUUGCGGAUACGGAUUCGGGCACGGGGUCGGAUGCAAAGAGGGAACAGCAGCGGGAGACGGAGGCGUCAUCGCCAUGGUGUCCAAACGAGCAGCUCAGGAAGGAGCAGGAGGCGGCUCUGAUGCUCUCUGCCAUGCGUGGAACGGGAGAAUAUCGUUGA